ACGAGGCUAUUUUCCGGUUGCACAGGUUUGAAAGCAGCUGAUUUUCUGUCUGCGUGUCGUGCUGUCAACUUUAUUUUUAUUACUUCAUUUAGUGCCUCUUUUCGCUUCCUCUGUGUCCGACCUUCGUCAGAACAUUUACCAACAUCUGAAGGAUUGUCGUCGGACGAGUUACGAUGAGUUUGUGACGGUAAAGACACCGGAAGGUGGCGAAAAAAAAACAACAACGAUCCGAUAAGGAAGCGGUUAGUUAUGAUUUCACCAGCUGACAGGUAGGAGUAGUAUACGAGAGAGCUCUACAAUGUGGACAGACAAGCAAAGAGGAAUCCGAGUUUCUCAGGAGGAGCUGCUCUGCAAGAACGCCUGUGGAUAUUAUGGAAACCCUGCGUGGCAAGGCUUCUGCUCCAAGUGCUGGAGAGAGAGAGCACGUACGGCCGGAGCCACAAGGCAAGACGCAAGGCCGAACAAUGAUGGAACUCCUGUCACCUUCUCCAAAUUUGAGGAGAAGAAAAGCACUGAGAAAGGUCGUCGUAUUAACACCAUGCGGAGGCUCUUCUGGGGCAGCCCAUCGCCUCCAAAACGUCAAGAGUCUGAAAGCUUUACAAAUGUGUUAAAAGCCUACCAGACCCUCGAGCCUGGGGACUUCACUGGUUUCCUAAAGAUACUUCGAAGCCCUUCCUCCCAGCGCCUGCAGUCCCGAUGUACAGCUUUCGUCAACACAGUGGAGGCUUACCAUGAUCUGCCGGUGCAGAAGCAGUCAGACCUCGUGCAGGAUUUCUACCAGUCUUUUGCUGAAUAUUUUAGCAGUUUUCCCGAGGCUCAGGUCACUCAGAUAAUGGAGCAUGUGGAGAAGUUAAUAAUGACACGGCUGCACAAAUGGGUUUUCUGCCACGACAGCUGUGACGAUGAGCAGAAGGACCUGGCUCUACAGAGGAGGAUACGCUCCUUAAACUGGGUUACUCCACAGAUGCUGAGUGUACCUUUCCCCGAUAAAAAGACUACAGUCACCAGCGACCCCUUUCUGCCUGCUAUAACAGCCAUAAUUGAGAUGGACGCUAAACGAGCGCCUCAAGACAAACUGACAUGCGUGUCCAAAUGCAGUCAGCAUGUCUUUGAAGCCCUCUCCACCUCCAACACUGAGCCCGCUAAUGCCGAUGACUUCCUGUCAGGCCUGAUUUAUGUGGUGCUGAAGGCCAAUCCACCUCGCCUGCACUCCAACAUGCAAUAUGUGAUCCGUUUUGGUCUCCCUCACAGUCUGAUGGCAGGAGAGAGCGGCUAUUAUUUCACAAAUUUGUCUUGUGCGGUGGCCUUCAUUGAGAAACUAGAUGGCCCAGCACUCAGCCUCAGUCCGGAGGAGUUUGAGGGCUACAUGCUGCGUCAGCGUGCUCCCUCUGUAGGAAGCAAGAGGAAGGAGGUUGCCAGUGACACACAGCACCUGUUGGACGAGCUACAAGGCAGACAGGAGAAGCUGGACCAAGGGAUGGAUGCUCUCAACGUGCAGCUACAGAAGUGGGUCCAAGCUGUUCACUCCCAGCUGGAUGAGGCAUCAGCGCAGUUGGCUCUGGUGCAGAAGGAGCUCACGGCUCAGGCUGAGCUCUCGCCGGGUUUCUCAUCCUCGUCUGAUGAUGCGUCAAUGCAAGGGGACGACAAAGACCAGUCGCUGCUGGAGCUCAAGGAUCUUAAUGCAGGUCCAAAAGAUACAGACUGUUAGCUAUAUAAAUAAUAAUCUGGUACUUGAGUCGUUUUAAUCAUCAGCACUAGUUUAUGUAGACUGCAAAACAAACAGAUUUAUAUUCCAACAACAGAAAGCUGGGAUUUGUUAACUAGGUGAACAUGAAGGAAAACUAUUAGUACUGAUAUCACAGAGCACACAGGAUUUAUUUAAUGACUUUGUUAAACAAUUAUUUGCACUUGUAUCCUGUUUCAGGAUGAAGGCCAUUAACAAUACAUUUAUAGUAACAGAUGUGAUCAGAUUAAUAUUUAAAGCACUCAGGGUACACCUAAUACUGUAAGAGUGCUUAUUUAAUAUUCACUUUUUUUCUCAUAUUGUAUACCAAUGUGCCUAAAUAUAUAUAGACCACUGUGAAAUUAAAAAUUAUGCUACAGGAGAAAAUGUUAUAUAGCCGUUGAAGACCACUACAAGUCGGGGGGUGUAUUUAGUCCAGCCAUGUUUUUCAUAGUUGUGUACAUUGUUCUCAACAUGCUGCUGCCUUCACUGUCUGUGAAACCUGGUGCAAAGCAAUUAAUAACACAUUUUACCAUCUUGCGUUGGUGUGCGGGAGGUACACGUUGUUUACAGCUGUUGAAAAGAAGUAGAUUAAAAGAAGUAAUUAAAGCGGUGUAUGUUAUGAUGAUGAUAAUGAUUGUAUCUAAUAUAUUAAAGUUGACUUACCUGA